AUGGAGCCCAAAGAAACCCCCGGAAAGGAAAGCUUGGGACCCAAGAAGAAGAAUCUGACCUUCUUGAGACACAAGCUGUACAUGCUGGAGAGGAGGAAGACGGACACGGUUUUGGAGAAUGGUGCUUCCGCGGACCUCAGUAACUCUGGCACCUUGAGGAGGAGCCAGUCGGACAGAACCGAAUACAACCAGAAAUUACAAGAGAAGAUGACACCUCAAAAUGGGCCCUCUGCCCCUGAAACUCUGACCCAAGAAGAGCAGGAGCAGCAGAUAAGGAAGAUGAUGGCGAAGAGGUCAAAAAUCAUCGAGGAGCUGAUCCAGACAGAAAAGGACUACCUCAAUGACUUGGAGCUCUGCAUCCGGGAAGUGGUUCAGCCCCUGAGAAGUAAACAGAUUGAUAGGUUUGACGUGGAUGGCUUGUUUAGCAACAUUGAAUCGGUGCGUCAGGUAUCGGCCGAGCUGCUGUCAAUGUUGGAAAACGCUACGACAGACACGGAACCAGCCAUGCAAGUAAUAGGGGAAGUCUUCUUGCAGAUUAGAGGACAGCUGGAAGACAUCUACAAAAUCUACUGUUAUCAACACGAUGAAGCGCACACAAUGCUAGAGUCCUAUGAAAAGGAGGAAGAACUGAAGCAACAUUUGAGACACUGUGUACAAUCCUUAAAGAAAAUAUACAUGGAAGAAGGCAAACCAAACCUAUUGGACAUGGGAUCUCUGAUGAUUAAACCAAUUCAAAGGGUGAUGAAAUACCCCUUACUUCUGUGUGAGCUCCGAAAUUCUACUCCUCCCUCUCACCCAGACUACAGAGCCCUGGAAGAUGCCUUUGUUGCUGUGAAAGACAUCAACGUGAACAUUAAUGAACUCAAAAGAAGGAAGGACUUGGUUCUGAAAUACAAGAAGAACGACGAAGAUGAAUCCCUCAAAGAGAAGUUUUCCAAACUGAACAUUCACUCAAUUAGCAAGAAAUCCAAACGGGUGACUAAUCAUCUGAAGAUUUUAACCAGAGGAGAGUCUCAGGUGAAAGACUGCACCUUCAACAGGGAGGAAAAGUUAUUUAGGCAUUUAGAAAAGACAGUGCGGGGUUGUGUGAAGAAUAUUUCCUUCUGUCUUCAACACAUGAAGGAAGGUUUAUUCCUUGCUGCACAGAACACGUCAGAGCUACGGGAUAUUUCCCAUGACAGAGACGACCGGGGCUAUUCGGAGCUCUUGAGUAAUGCCCCAAAUCCCUGGGAAGACUUUGUGGACCGAUUUCACAGGCAGGUGGUGACCCCGCUGUCGGCCCUGCAGGCCUUGUUCGCGGGGCCCCAGAAGCUCAUCCAGAAGCGCUACGACAAGCUGCUCGACUACAACAGCGGCCGGCAGAAGUCCGCCGGGGCCGAGUCGGACCUGGCCAAGAGGGACUACGAGGCCCUCAACGCUCAGCUGGUGGAGGAACUUCGGGUGUUCAACCAGGCCUCUCGGCAGAUCCUCAUCAACCGCCUGGCCUGCUUCAUCACUCUGCUCCGGGACCUGACGCUUCUCCUGUUACGGCUCUAUCCCUCCCCCGGCCUCCUCCCAGGACAGCUGAUCUCCGGCGCCUGGGACGCGCAGAGUCGGGUAAUGGAGGAGAUACACGAGCUGAACUUCGUCAAAGACAAUAGCGCUACCUUCAUCGAGAGGAAGCUGAGCUUUGAGAAGAAGAAACCUGGGCCCUCCUUGCCUGAAAUUCCACGCCAGACGGACAGCCACCGUGUCCAGCUGCUGACCGGCUUCGGUCCCGAGGGGCUGUUCCAGGCCAGGCGUAAGUGUAACGCCUCCCAGGACCUCGACAUUGACCUCCUGGAAGGGGACCUGGUGGCUGUGGUGGAGAAGAAGGAUCCCUUGGGAAGUACCAGCCGAUGGCUGGUGGAUGCGGGAAUCACGAAAGGCUACGUGUAUUCCUCCUUUCUGAAGCCCUAUAACCCGAGCAAGGUGCCGCAGACGCAGGCCGAGAGCCGCUUCUUGGAGGACGACUUUGACGACCUCAGCCUCUUCGUGUCCCCGCGGCCGCCCGGUGACAGCGCCGACCGGACCCCGGGAGGCAGCGGGAAUGACAGUGGCUCUUCCCUCGGCGGCCCCUCCGGAAAGCUGGGGACCGACGGGGCGGACGCGGAGGGCCUGGAGGAACAGAUUUUCUACGCGGUCCACGCGUUCCAAGCCCGCAGUGACCAGGAACUCAGCUUGCAGGAGUACCAACGAGUUCACAUCCUCAGGUUUUGUGACUUGAGCGGCAAUAAGGAGUGGUGGUUGGCAGAAACUCAAGGACGGACAGGAUACGUGCCAGCUAACUACCUGGGGAAGAUGACAUAUGCUUAAACUGGACAGGUGCCUGGGAUUUGUGAAGAAGUGC